AUGGGUGACGUCCGGCAGACAAUCAAGCAGUCGCUGCCGGUUGAUGUUAGCAAUCCAUAUGACCCAACAACCCUCAAGGGCAAGACGAUUCUCAUCACUGGUGGUGCUAAUGGCUUGGGCGCACACAUGGUUCGCCAUUGGGCAUCUCAUGGCGCCAACAUUGUCAUCGGAGACGUUGCCGACACUGCUGGUGAAGAGCUUGUGGCUUCCCUUCGAACAGCAUACCCAAAGGCGGUCUUCGAGUUUCGGCAUUGCGACGUCACAGACUGGGAAUCUCAGGUCAGUCUGUUCGACACCGCGACCGCGGCAAGUCCGCAUGGGGCCAUAGAUGUCGUGGUUCCCAAUGCUGGGGUUCUACUUCCAGGGGAGGCGACCGAAUUUGAAAAUCCCGAGUUGGCGAACGGCAAACUCCCUGAGCCCAACACAGCGACUCUCAGCGUGAAUGUCAAAGGAGUCAUCUUCACCUCACACCUUGCGCUUUAUCAUCUUCCACGGAACAAACGCUCAGAUCGAUGCCUUCUCUUUGUCGGCUCUGUGGCAUCACUGAUUCCGCUUCCAGGCCAAAGUCAGUACACCACAAGUAAACAUGCUGUUCUGGGACUCUUUCGUUCACUGCGUGGGACUGCUUCCAUGAGGGGUAUACGUGUGAAUAUGAUUGCACCAUACUAUACCGCGCAGACCAGCAUGUUACCGACGGUCGCAGAGGCUCUUCUCCUAUCUGGUUCUGCCGGGCCGGGGUCUGUCCCCGAUGUCAUUGAUGCAGCAACACGCCUAGUCGCCGAUGAAUCAAUAGUUGGUCGAGCACUUGUUAUUGGUCCGCGAUUGAAGGCUCAAGAUAUUGUUGAGGCAGUCGGUGAGGGAAGCGGCGCAUUAUUGAAGGAAGAUGUCGACCAGUCUCGGGCUAUCUGGGAAUGUUAUGCGCACGACUACGAUCAGGUGGAGACGUUUGUGAAACGAUAUCUGUGGCUUCUGAAUGCUACCGCGAGGGCCCGAGGAAUGUUUGCCUGGAUUCUAGAUAUACUGGCCAUCUGGAAGAGGGGGUGA